AUGAUCCAGUCCGCAACGAACAUGGACGUCGUUGACACCGACGAUGACGGAGUCGCAAACGCCAACGCCAGGAACAGUGUCGCCCGUUAUGCCAGUGUCGUCAGUGGCGCCAGUGUCAACGCCAGGAACAGUUACACCAGUGCCAACGCCAACUUCAGGAACAGUCACGGCAGUGUCAACGCCAGGAACAGUGACGCCAGUGACACCAGUGCCAACUUCUGGAAUAGUCACGGCAGUAUCAACGCCAGGAACAGUGACGCCAGUGACGCCAGUGCCAACGCCGCCGAGCCACAUCGAGACCAGAGUCAGGAUGGCCGCGACACGCCCCCGGUAGCUCGGCAGUGCAGUACCAUCCUAGCUAACGGCCAGCGCUGCAAGCGGACGACCAAGCUUGCCGACGGCACCUGCUACCAGCAUCGGCCGUGA